AUGAGUGCAUUGGAUGAUGACUACGAGGCUUUUCCACCUCACACCAGGAUUCCCAACGACGAGCUGCUCGAGGUCUACGCCGAGCUCACAAACAAUGGGGAAUACGACCUCCUACCCUACGAGGAAGAGUGGAAACAACGUGGCCCGCUUUUGGACUUUUAUGGCUACAAACUACGUCAACGCUACGAAUUGGACUGGCAGCCCUCCUGGGUCGACACAAAUCUCAACCCAUUCUUCUGCGAAGACUCGAUAGAUUCGAGCGUAUUGGCUAUCAAAGCUACCCUCGGAUGGACGCGUGAAGCCAGCAUUGCCUUUUUAUUUACCGAUGGAGACGCUAUCGAAGAACCUAGGAACCAUUGCGUCCCUAUUUUGGAUACUUUUAUUGAAGAAGAUAUUGUCUACCUGGUCAUGCCGCUGCUCCGGGCGUUCAAUGACCCUCCGUUCGUUACUGUAGCUGAAGUUAUUGAUUUUGUAGAUCAGAUGGUCCAGGGAAUCGAAUAUAUGCAUGAACAAAAUGUAGCACAUCGAGAUAUCACUAUUGGUAACAUUAUGAUGGACGCUUCGGAACUGUACCCAGAUGGCUUCCACCCUGUUCGCCAAAAUCUUGCGCGAGACGGCCUUGCCGAGGUGGUUGGCGUUAUGCGCACCCAUGCGCCCGUUCGCUACUACCUUAUCGAUUUCGAUGCGGCUAUUGCUUUCGAAAAAGGAACACCGACAAAACUCAAGUACGCCGAAGGAAAGGCAGGGAGAGAUGAUGAAGUCCCUGAAUUCAGGAUCAAGGCUCCCUAUGACCCUUUCAAGGUCGACAUCUUCCAGUUCGGAAAUCUCCUUAGGAAGGAGUUCCUGCAGAAAUACUCGGGAAUUGAGUUCCUCGAGCCCUUGGUGAAGGAGAUGACACGGCCUCAUGCGGUAGAGCGCCCCAGUGCCUCCAAGCUUCGCCUCAAGUUCAACACUAUUCGGAACCGCCUCACUUCGAGUCAGAUGCGCACCCAUCUCGAACUCAAGGACAUCACCGAUCCUCUUCGGGAACGACUUCUCGCUCUUGGCAUCGAAUCCCUGCUGGACAGCGAGACAGAUGAUUCUCCCGAACAAUCCUCAUCCGAAGCUCCCACUACAGGUAAUAGCAAUCGCAGUCAUGACAGUUACUGGUCUGUUGAUCCUAGCUUGGAUUCGUCUAUGACUUCGCAAUCUUCCGUAGAGCAAGCGGAGCAGGAACAAGAGCAAUCCUCCCAUGGUCCAUUCCAUAUGAUAACGAGUGCCUUGUCCAGGGCUCGUUCGCCGGGCCGCGCCACCUCCAAGGGCCCGGAUUCCAAACCAUCGGUCUGGAAGCCCGCAAAGAUGGCUGAUAGGCAACGCUCGCCUUCUCCAACCCCCAUUUCCCCAGAGUCCAUGUCCAGAUCCUCAGACGAUACACGGCCUUCCGCUAGAUCCACUAGCCCUAAGCCGAAGGGACCAUACCUCCGUACAGGUAAAUUCCCUUGGAGCCGUUCAAGCUCGCCAGAUUCCGCCGGAAGCCCUAUCUUAGCCGUUGUCAACCAAUUCCUCUCACCCGAAGCAUCGGGCCUGUACGGAGGCGAUGGCUUUGACUAUGAGUUGGACCGACCUUAUGAAACCCAAAAAGGAUGGAGCCAAAACACUUAUGCUGCCACUUAUGCCAACUAUGGUCCUUCUAAAAAUGAGCUGCCACCGCAACCGGCGGCUCCACCCGUCACGGCCUCUCAGAACAAUAACGCUGUUGGUGCUAAUGCUGCACAGCAAUCGGUUCCUGGGAGGAACAGACGCAAUACCGUUAGUACCGCGAAACCUCUUGCUUCCUUUGAGACCAUCGCUCCUUCAUCGUUCAUGAGUCCACCGCAAGGCGCUGCCGCGUCAGCAGCUGAGCGGGGUGGAUGGGGCACGAUCAACUCGAUCUAUGAGGAGCCAGAAGCGAACUCUGCUCAACCUUUCUAUGGGGAGCAAGGCGCAAAGUCCACGAUUUACAGCAAGUACAACAAAUCAGUGAACGCACUGCCCUUGUCUUUGAACCAGUCCCAGUGGGAGCCUCCUGCCCCUCCUCAGAAGGAGACCAUCCCCUUUGAUCAGUUCAAUAACAGCCCUGUCGAUUUCUGGGGGACUGAUGCUAUGGUUAAAUCCAUGACGCAAGCUCCCUCGAAGCCUACUGCCACGAGACCAGUGGAAAGGAAAGAGUCCCUGGUUGACAAAUUUGUCAAGCCCACAAAACCCUCAACCCCGAUCCCCUCCAAAAAGAACGCACCCUCUCAAGUCGCAUCAUCCAGCCCACCUAAACCUACCAUUCCUCCUACUCGACCAUCAUUGGCAACUAUUGCGGGUAACCGCAAGAGUACUAUUG